AUGAACUUCCAUUUCGACCGAGACGCUCCAUAUUAUAUCGUGGACUAUGCGGCAACGAAAAUGGGCUAUACGACGCUCUGGAAGCGGCUCUCGCCGCGGCAACUGAAUUUUGCUAUCCAAAUUUUCUCGCUAAUAUCCAUCUUCUUCGAGGGCUAUGAUCAGGGCGUCAUGGGCGGCGUCAAUGCAUCGCCCAAAUAUGUCACAGAGGUCGGAAUUGGUAGGCCAGAUGGCACAGUGACUGAUACCACGCACCAGGGUGGCAUUGUCAGUGUCUAUUACCUGGGUGCUAUCUUUGGCUGUUUUGCUGGAGGAUACAUGGCUGACCGAGUUGGUCGUAUCAAUGGCCUGUUGAUGGGUGCAUUAUUUGCCUUGGUCGGUGGCGCCUUACAGAGUGCUGCUCAGAACUCGAACUUCAUGAUUUGUGCCCGAGUGGUGACGGGUAUUGGUACCGGAGCUUUAACCGGAAUAACCCCUGUCUUAGUGGCAGAAACAUCUUCGGCAGAUCACCGUGGUGGAUCUCUAGGUUACGUUUUUAUUGCUAAUUACCUAGGAAUAUCAGUCGCAUAUUGGAUCUCAUUCGGUCUCGCGUUCAUCAACAACGGAUAUUCCGACGUGCGAUGGCGAUUUUUGCUUGCGUUCCAAUGCGUUCCGGCCUUUGUUCUUGUCUGCUGCAUCAAGAUGUUGCCGGAUAGUCCCCGGUAUCUCGCCUCGGUUGGCCGCCAAAAGGAGGCGCGGGAGCUGCUAGGGCGCCUUCGUCAACACCGGAAUACCCCACAAGAGAUUGAUCAGGAAUUCUUCGAGAUUGUUACAUUGACAGAGGAAAGGCAGCGUAGCACUCUUCAAUUCGCAAAAAUCUUGCUGGGGAAGGGUGGAGGGAUGCAUCCAAAUUUGGGUAGACGAGCUUGGCUUUGCGUCUGGCUGCAGAUAAUGGCCUCCUGGACGGGCACUACUGCUGUCACUGCAUAUUCUCCAGUUCUCCUAAAGCAGGCCGGGUACAGCACACUCGUUCAAAACGGUCUAUCUGGGGGAAUUAACACCAUUGGCAUUGUUGGUACCCUCAUAAGUGCUCAAAUUGUUGAUCGCCUAGGCCGCCGUGUCUGUCUUAUAGGUGGUGCAGCUUGCUUGUUUGCCGUCAAUCUUAUUGCUGGGGCUCUCUACGAAGCCUCAUUGUAUACUGAUAAAGCGGCUCAGUAUGCUGCCGGGGCCACUGCUAUGCUGUUUCUGUUUAAUCUCGGUUAUGCUGCUACCUGGGGUACGGUCGCAUUCUUGGUGCCCACGGAAAUAUUCCCCAGCGACUUGCGAGCCCAGGGUAAUGGCUUCGGCAUUACCGGCUGGGCGCUUGGGGUUGGUAUGACCACUUUGGUCAAUCCGGUCAUGUUCGAGGCACUGACGAGCCGCACUUAUUUCCUCUUUGCCGGUCUCAAUUUGAUUUGGAUACCCAUUGUCUACCUCUUCUACCCGGAAACUUGUAACCGCUCCUUGGAAUCGAUUGAAGCAUUGUUCUCAACCGAGAGUCCCUUCUAUUGGAAGAUGGAGGAGGCAUUUAAACUGCAUGGUGAUAUUCUGGUGGAGCAUGGAGGUAAUAAGAAUGAGGAGAAACCAGAGGAGCAGAUGAUUGCCUGA